UUAUAAAAUAAAUAUUUGGAUUUAUUCGGCAGUAUUCAUACUCGGUGUGAUUAUAGCGUAGAUCGAGUCAGUUGGAGUAAACAUGGAAAUUGUUGACACGCAUUUUCACGUUUGGGAACUUGAGAAAUUUUCCUACCCGUGGCCUACCCCAGACAUGAAGAAUAUAUACAAGAACUUCUACGUGACUGAUCUUGAGAAUGCGAUCGAAGGGACCCCAGUGAAGCAUGCAAUAUUCGUGCAAUGUCUAAACGCCAGCGUCGAGGAGGUCGAUUGGAUAAUAGAUAUGGCAAGAACUCACAGUAUUAUCAAAGGUAUUGUAGCCGGUCUGGAUAUCAUCAGUCCUAAGUUAGAAGAAGUUAUUGCUAAACUUAAGCCCAGUGGUUUAUUGAAGGGUGUAAGGCAUCUUUUCAGCUGGGAAAAAGAGGAAGACUGGUUUACACGAGAAGAUGUUGGUGUUGGACUUGAUAUUUUAGGCAAACAUAACAUCCCGUUUGAUUUGCAGGCCAGCCCGCAACAUUUGAGGUACAUUCGUGAUACUGUCCCGAAGCACCCUAAAACAAACUUUAUAGUUGAUCAUAUUGCGGUUCCUCCCAUCAAUACUGGCGAUAUGGAAACGUGGAGGCAGGAUAUGGCGGAUGUUGCAAAGUUACCAAAUGUUUAUUGUAAAGUGUCUGGUAUAAUAUCUGGACAGACACCUUCUACGUGGAAAACCAUUGACUUUCAGCCAAUCAUAGACCAUGUGCUAUCCAUAUUUGGGCCGGAGAGAUGUAUUUAUGGUUCAGACUGGCCGGUGUUCGGAAUGGCUGAAGCCUCCUAUAAAGAAUACCUUGCUUUAAUGCAAAAUCUUGUUUCCAAGUUGAACGAAGCUGACCAGAGAAAAUUCUUCAGAGAAAACGCAAUCAAAUUCUACAAUCUGGAUAUAUAAACAGUAGCUUAUAAUGACGCCAAUGCCUUACCAUGACAUUCAUUGUAGUUAAAGGACUUUACUGAGUUAAGUAGGUAUGACUGUAUAAAAAUAUAUGGAGUUUUUAAUGCUC